AUGACAGAAUCUGUGCAAGAAAGGCUUAAGUUAAAAAGAACAGUUCUAGAUACUUGGUCUAUAAAAGAAAAGCUAAGUUUAGCUUCGUUGGUUUUACGAAGCGGUGAUCAAAAUUGGUCAUGUGUUAGUAGAAAUAUAAGAAUAUUUGCAGAGCCAAACAGACCUCCAGACUGGUUUUCUCCCAAAAAUUGUGCUCAACAGUAUGCAAGUUUACUUGAGAAUGUUGAAACACCCAAGAGAAAGAAAAGGGUAGCUGGUUCAAAUGAAAAAUCAGAGGUUGAAACUCCUGGUGAAAGCAUAGUUAGAAAAUUAAAAACAGAUAGGAUAGAGGAAUUAAAAAAAAAAAUGGAAGAAAUUAAAAUGGAGUAUUUAAAAGUAAAGGAAUCAAGUAAUGCUAUAAUUUCUGGUAAACCUGAUGUUAAAUUACCAGUAUUACUUCAGGAAAUUGAGGAUGAAAAAAAUAAAAAAGAAUUAGAAAAAGAAGCCCAUAUAAAAUGGUUAAAGGAAAGAGAAGAGAGAAAAAUAGAGUUAGAAAGGGCUUGGAAACCGGGAUCUAGAUUAAUGAACAUCAGAAGAGCUUCCAGUAUAUCGGAACCAAGCAGUGAAGCAGACAGUCCUUUAAGUGAACCCUUAAAUGUGGAUGUUCCCGAAGAAUCCGCAAUGGCAAAACCAACUCCAACCUCUCCUUUGCUCACCAGUCUUUUAAAAUCACCUUCUACUGCAUCUCAGCCAUCAACUACUUCCUCAAUAUUACAUUCAGCCAUAACAUCUCCUCACAGAGGUUCAUCAUCGCCAACCAUAGCUAGUUUACUUAGCUCUUCUCCAGGUUUACCUGGUAAUUUUUUAAUGCCGCCAUCAAAUGUUUCAUCAAAUUUAAAAAAUUUAGUGUCAAAUGCUAUUGCUAAUUCUUUUAGCGAUGAGCAUAAAAUUCUUCCUUCUUCACCUUCACAAGGUGCCCCAACUUUAUCAAUGUUGCUUGAGUUGCCUCCCUCGUUACCUGGCAAACCUUUGCCGAUGCUGAAAUCGCAGCCUUCUUCACCACCUCCUUACUCAGGUCCUCCUCCGCCUUAUUCUCAAGCUACAGAAUACCUACAGAAACAAAGAGCAGAAGAACUGGCUGCACAAGCCAAGGCCAAGGCUAUGGAAGAUGAAAUUAAAACAGAAUCGUCCCCACAGACUGAUAAUCCUGAACCUCCUCCUCCUUCGGAAUCGAAUCCUUCUGUUAGUUCUAAGCGACCUAACAUAAAGGGAAAAAGUUUCGAAUCGUCGGAACCUUCGACGGAUGAAUCCUGCGGUCAAGAACCGUCGGAAAAAACUCCUUCCGUCAAAGAAAAAGAAUCAAAGAGAAAUUUACACAAUACCUCCGAUCAUGAUUAUGUUGAAACUACAACAACUACUUCUACUACUACCACCACAACCACCACCCCUGUACCAUCAAACGAAGGAAAUGUUGAAAGUGAUGUAGUAGUAAAGAAUUCAGAAACUGAUGUUUUUGAAUUUGAUGAAUACAAAGAAGGAUUUGAAAAAAUUCAAAUAUUGACAAAAGACUCCAAAAUGAGUUAUUUAAAAAAUAAUACAUCCAAAGUAGUAGUAGCAACAGCUAAAAAAGAAUCGGAUUGUAAUAACCAAAAAAAUGAAAACCUGGAUGACAGUACUAAAGACAAUGUCGAACUCGAAAAAAAUAAUUCUGUAAAAGGUCAAGAAAAAGAUUUUAUUUCAGUAAAACCUGAAAAAGAGGAUGUAACCGAAUCAACUACGACUGAAAAAGGACUUUCCCCUGCAGCAGCAGCAGCAGCAGGAAAAACCAUUGAAGAACCAAAAAAAAUUGAUGCCGUUCCUGUUGAAGAAGAGAAUAUUGAAAAAAAAAUCACUCCUGAUUUGAACAAUGUCAAUGACAGCACCUCGGAAAUUCAAAAUCCUCCCGAAGAGGAAAAACAAGUACAAGAAGAACAAAAUCAAGAAGAAGAAAAAGUUAUUACGGAAAAAGAAACAACCGACUACGAUAUGGAGUCUCAGAAAAAAGAAUCAGAGGAAAAUAAUAAGAAAAUUAAAGUGAAAAUUGAAGACAAUGGAGAACACAUGGAAGAAGACAAAUUAGAAACGGAAGAAUCAGAUCCGGUCAAAGACGAAGAAGUUCCUUCUAAUCUAUUGGAGAUGAAUAGAACGGAUAAAGCUGAUUUAUCAACAACGGAAGAUGAAAAAAGUAACGAUGCCACACCCAAAGUGUAUUCCAGAAGAAGGGGAGGUCCUAGUUUUUCAGAUUCGAUUCCCAACAGUCCUGCACCCCUGUCGGAAGAAGAAAAAGAACACAAGGUUUGGAAAAAAGCUGUCAUGUUGGUUUACACGAGGAUUGCAGGACACAAAUACGCUUCCCUGUUUUUAAAACCAAUCAGCGACGAUCACGCACCAGAAUAUAGUAGCAUAGUUAAAAGACCCAUGGAUUUGAGUACGAUAAAAAGAAACAUUGAAAUAGGAAAUAUUCGAACGACAGCAGAAUUUCAAAGAGAUGUCAUGCUCAUGUUUAUGAAUGCUCUCAUGUACAACGAAAGGGAUCAUCACGUUUAUAAAAUGGCCAAGGAAAUGCAAGCGGAUAGUUUGGAUCAUUUUCAAAUGUUGUUGAGAGUGGCUGAUGAAAAUACGCCCUUGAGAAGGGAAACGAGAACUCAACAAAAUUCGGAUGUUAAAUUUAGAUCGAGUGAAAAAAAUUCAAGUAAAAAAGAUUUGGAUAAAUCCACAACGAAUUCAUCGGAUCUUAAACCAAAAGGAAGGACGAGAAAUUCACCGUGUCCCCCUGUUAGAUCGAGAACUUCGGAAAAACUAACGCAGUCUGGAAGAAAACGUUCUGUCGGAGUCACUGGAGAAACUUCGAGGAAAAGACUCAAAGUCAGUUAA